AUGGACGAGGGUGUCAUGUACGCCGACCUGCGCUUUCCCCCUACACCAGCCCCUCAGCAGCGAGUGCGCCUGCCCUGGUGCUGGGCAGCCCUCAGCCUGGGUCUCCUCUCCCUGACACUCCUGCUGGCACAGAUCAUCCUUGUCAGCCUGAGUUUCCAGUAUUUAGUGCAACAACAGACAAGCUGCACAGACGGUCUCUGGAGAAUAGAGGAGAGCCCCAGCUAUGGGAAACAGACACUGGGAGGGCAGUGCCAGUUUUGCCCCGUUGGCUGGCUCUGGGAUGCGGGGCAGUGCUACUACUUCUCCUCUGCCAGAAAGAGCUGGGAGCAGAGCAGAGAGGACUGCUGCUCCAGAGGGGCACAGCUGGUCACCAUCCAAGCCAACAGCACCCUGGCGUUCCUGGUGCGCACAGCUAACAUGGAUGCCUUCCACGUGGGGCUGAAGCAGGAUGGCUUCAGGUCUGACUGGAAGUGGCUGGAUGGCACCACGCUGGAAUGGAUCUUCCCAGUCCAGCGCUACACCAGGUCCUUCCAGGCUUGUGGCAGGGUGUCAGGCUUGGGACUUUUAGGUGGUGCCUGCACAGACGCCCUCAGAUGGGUCUGCAAGCAGAGUGCAGCCACCAUGCAGUGGCUCCAGUCCUCGCCUCCUGCCUUCCUCUGGGGAAACACCACCUACAGCUGCGUGAGGCCCUGAUGGCCAGGGUGACCCCCAGCCUGUGCCACCACCCCGUUCCCUGCCUGACCCCAGGCCAUGGGCAUUCCCAGGCUCCGCUGCCUCCUGGCACAAACCUCUUUACCCUCCAGAACUCUGCACUUUGCCAAUAAACUCUGCCGAUAACUGCAGCUGGCUUUGCGGUGUGGGGGUGGGAGGAUGGAGGUGCAUCCUCCAGCUCCCAGACUCGGUGGCAUCACUCACAAGUGGGAAAUUGCAUCCUGUGGCCAGGAGCCAGCAUUGAGCCAGCAGGAAUCCAAGCAUCCCCAUGCCCAAAGGCAGCGUUCAGCAGCAGCUCCUGUGCAGGCUCAGGUCCCGUGAAGGCUCUGGGCUUUCUGAUCCUGCUGGUUUCCUGGGGCUUUUUCUCCCUGGGUCAUGCUGCUGAGAGGUGACCCCUUG